CUUCCACUUUCCUAUCAUAUCAGUCACACUUUCUAAAUAGGCACUAAGAUAUUUAUUUAUAUAUAUCAUAUGGUCCAUGAUUGCUCUUGACAUCUUCUCUCUAUCCUCCAAAAUUGCAUAUUAAUAAAAUUAAAUGUCCAACAUCUUGUUGUUAAUGUUUGAUAUUCAUGUAUCCAAUUCUCAGUGAAAUCUUCUUUUCUGGGUGUAUGAUCAAUUCCACUGUUAGGCGCAGGACCCAUUUAGUUCAAUCUUUCUCUGUUGCUUUUCUCUACUGGCUUUACUACGUUUCAUGAUUAUUAAUCCCUUUUACUUUAAUCCUAUAUCAUCUAUAUUUAUAUCUUAAUAUCUAUAUAUAUAUUUGCAGUAUUUUUGUGAGUUUGUUUGUUUAAUUCAAUUCUAGUACUAUUUGGGUCCUGCUAGUGUUAAUCUUUGUGUUUAGUACUAAUUAUUGAUUAAAAGGGUCAAGUUAAUUAAUUAGUAUAUCUCAUCAUGGCUUCAUCAAGUGGAACAUCUUCAGGGUCAACUUUGCUGCAGAAUUCUGGUUCAGAAGAGGAUUUACAGGUGUUGAUGGAUCAGAGGAAGAGGAAGAGGAUGAUAUCGAAUCGAGAAUCGGCUAGACGGUCUCGGAUGAGGAAACAGAAGCACUUGGAUGAUCUUGUGUCUCAAGUGGCUAAGCUGAGGAAGGAGAAUCAAGAGAUACUCACAAGUGUUAACAUCACAACUCAAAGGUGUUUGAGUGUUGAGGCUGAGAAUUCUGUGUUGAGGGCUCAGAUGACUGAGUUGAGCAAUAGGUUGGAAUCUUUGAAUGAGAUUGUUGGUGUUUUUAAUGCAAGCAAUGGAGUUUUUGGAACUGCAUCAACCACUUUUGUUGAGCCAAAUAAUAGCUUCUUCUUUAAUCCUUUGAAUAUGUCUUAUUUGAUGAACCAGCCUAUUAUGGCUUCUGCAGACAUAUUGCAAUAUUGAGUCUCAGAUGAGAUGUAAUAUCGACACUUCAGAUUGAAGAUGUAUCUGGUGACUAACAUGUGUUAGCGUCAAACACCAAUACAAUGAAAUAUAUGGUUAUAUUGAGUUAUUUCUUCUUUUCAAAUUAAUGUCACUGUCGUAUUAGGUGUCUGUGUAAGAUUUGAUUCGUGUCAAUUGAUGAGAUAUUGUAAUCACUACUACCAUAUAUGAUAAGGAAUAAGUGAAUGUGUGUGUGAUGAAGUGCAAGGGUUGUUAGGUGGUGGUUCUGUGAAUGGAACCUGUUUUAGAGACUAGUGUGUGAUAUUGAGGCAUUGGCUAUGGCCAAUAUAAUAUUGUUGUCACCUACCUUUGCUAUAUUAUAAUAAUAAGAUGGACCUAGUUCUUCAUGUAG